AUGUUGUCUGAAGCUCUCCAAACUUGGUCUGAUCCUGCAACAGGGCUCAAGUACACACACUCUGGCAAUGGUUCUUGGCAGUGUGUUGCCUCACCACGUCCAUCUGGCCCUUCGAUUAAUACCAAUCUGAUGGUCCGGGAUACGACGGGACAACUAAAGGCAAGCAAAGGGCCAUUGAUCCAAUCCCUGUUGCUGGAUAGUCAAAGCGCAAAGGAUUGGCUUCCUAUUGGUGGACAUGCAUGGAAUAGUGCUGCAGAUGAAUUUGCCCAGUGGGCUGAGGAAAACAGCUGCCCUGUGCGCACCGCCAAAUCGCUCAAGGCUAAAUUCAAACAAUUUGUUCGUACCAGUAAACCAACAGGUGAUGCGGAAUGCCCACCACAUAUCGAAUGUGCCCAUUUCAUUGAGGAUCAGAUAAAUGAGAAAGCUGGUACAUGGGAGCUAGAUGAUGCCGACAUUGUUGAUGCGUAUGAGGACCCAAUUGAAAUUAGUGAUGACGAAGAAGAAGAAGAAACUGUUCCACCUCGAACCCCUGCUAUCACACAACCUGUGUGUAAUACCAACCGCACCGCUACUCCUGCCAUUCAAGUCAAAAAGGAGCCCAAUGGUCCUGUUGUCACUUGGGUUGGGGGUAGCGAUGAUGACAACAACAUCAAUCCUAGAGCCAGGCUCCAGGAUGCCACACCAUCUCCGGGAACUCGUGUUGUGACAUUUGAUCCCAGCCCUAGCCCUGUCCAACCCAGUGCAAGAUCGUUGUUGUCCACUCCACUUCCAGAUUUGGUAGAGAUGUACCACAGUCUCAAGAAGAUCCCAUUGUCGAGCCUCGAAGUUAAUUUCAAGGGGGACACACAGCCAUCCAAAUGA